GAGAGAGAGAGAGAGAGAGAGAGAGAGAGAGAUAGGAGAGAAGAUAUGCCAGGGGAUGGAGAGGAACAAGGGGGAGCUGAAGAUGCCGUGGAGGCCAUGCGGACGUGUUACCAGGGCUUCGACCCAGCCGCCUACCUCCAGUUCAACUACACGCCACCGCGUGCAGACUUCCAGCGUGCUGACAGCGUCGUGCCCUGGAAACUGGCCUGCCUGCACAGGGCCUUCUCAGAAGGAGAUGUGCGUGGGGAGGUGCUGGUGGACGUGGGUUCGGGCCCCACUCUGUACCAGGUGAUGAGUGGCUGUGAGGUGUUUGGCCGUGUGGUGCUCACAGACUUCCUGGAGGCCAAUAGGAGAGAGCUGCAGCGCUGGCUGAAGGACGGCAGCAGCAGUCUGGACUGGACGCCUUACCUGGAACACGUCUGCCAACUGGAAGGACGCAGCCCCUCAGCCUCCAACGAAAAGGUGGCCCGCCUGCGUGCGGUGGUGAGCGACGUGCUCCCUAUCGACAUACACCGCGCGUGUCCCCUGGCGCCCGGCUCGCUCCCGCCACAGGGCGCCGACUGCCUGGUGUCCUGCUUCUGCCUGGAGGCCGCGAGCCCGGACGUGGCAUCUCUGCAGCAAGCCCUGGUCCACCUGUCCUCCAUGCUGCGUCCGGGGGGUCACCUGCUGCUGAUCGGGGCCCUGGGGGAGAGCUACUACCUGGGGGCGACAGACCUGCACAUUCCCGUGGUGGUCCUGGACGAGGCCGAGGUCUGCAGCAGCCUCAGUAGCAGUGGCUACCUUUUGCAGCAGCUCAGCAUCUACAGGCUGCCCUCGGACAUGAGCGUUGGUGUGGAUGAUGUCACCGGGGUCUUCUUUGCCAAAGCCAGGAAGCAGCAGUAGCCAUAGCGAAAUUUUAAAGCGUAGCUCACCAACCAUUUUCUGUCCACUUCUCAACCAUUUUCUGUCCACAUCUUCAACUGUCCUGCCAUAAUAAAGGCAGAUAGUCCCAAAUCAUGCUCACAUUACUCUAAAAGUCAUACAACACCUAAACAAUACAUUUUAGCAAGGAAACCCAUAGCUGCCUCCUGACAUGAGUGUUGGCAUGGACAUUGUCACCGUCUUCUUCGUCUAAGCUAGGAAACCACUAGCCGUAACAAAAUACUGAAGAAAAGCUCGGGUCAUAGAACACCUAAAUGAUAAUGCAGAUAAAAAGCCAUGAAACCAUAGCCAUGUCUACAUUUCCACUACUUCAAAUAAACUGUAUCCA